UUAUCUAUAAUUCUCAGAAAUUAAAAAAAAAAAACAGUGAGGGACAAAAUGGCGGACUCGCGGCCUUGCCUAAAUUGCCUUUGCUCUUUGAACUUGUAACCGGAAACUGGAGACUUACAACGGGGACAACCGGUAAUCCUGCUCUAAUAACUAAAAAAAAAGCCCUCUCAUUCAACUUUUUACAAUCUCUCUGAUUCUCACAUUUUCAUGGCGUCGCCACUGCCUCGGUCUCCGGUCUCCGGGGCCUCUGUUGAACUUGAUGGUAGGAGUACAGUCAGUACUUCCUGUGCUAUGGAUUUUGCUGCAGAAAUUUCUAGUUCACAAGAUGUACUCCAAAAGAGAAUGAGAGAGAUUGAAACUCUUCUACCUACUCUACAGAAGCCUGAGUAUUAUAUGGAGCCAUGCUUUGAUGAGUUGGUCUCGAGGGAAUUGAUGGAUCCUGGUUAUUCUAGCCGAGUUCCAGAUUUCACAGUUGGAAGAUAUGGUUUUGGUUCAGUCAAGUAUAUUGGAGAAACUGAUGUUAGGUGGCUGAAUCUAGACGAUAUUGUAACCUUCCAUAGGCACGAGGUAGUUGUAUAUGAAGAUGAAAGUACCAAGCCUUUGGUUGGUCAGGGCCUUAACAAGACUGCUGAGGUGACUUUGGUGCUAAAAUUAACAUCCUCAACUAUUGAGGAGGAUCAGAAAGAAAGUGUGGUGGGUAAAUUAAGGCAGAGUGCCCAGAGACAGGAGGCUCAGUUUGUAUCAUUUGACUCCGCUAAUGGUGAAUGGAAAUUCUUGGUUCAGCAUUUUAGUAGGUUCGGAUUAAGCGAGGAUGAUGAAGACGAUAUGGUAAUGGAUGAUGCUCCUGCAGUUCAAGAGCCAACAGCGAUGAUUGGUGAGGAGAUCUCUGACAUUGAUGAACAACCACAAUUUGAUAAUUCUGGAAACUUGCUUUCUCAUUCUCUUCCUACUCAUCUUGGGCUUGACCCAAUAAAGAUGAACGAAUUGAGAAUGUUGAUGUUCCGUGAUGAGGAAGAGGACAGUGAUGAUUUCGAUCAAUUUCUUAGUCAUCAGAAAUCAUCCUUUAAUAAAGAAUCUGUCAAACCACCUCUGCAGAAUUUGACACCGAUGAAUCAUAGAGCUACUCCACUAGUUGCCCGCAAAACUCCAUUGGCAUUGCUUGAGUACAAGCAUGGAAGUUUUGAUUCGAACUCUCCUGGUACCAUUUUGAUGGCCCAACAAAUUAAAACUACACCUCUCAAGAAAUUAAAACCAGAAGGUUUUCAGCUGGACCUCAAGCAUGAAACACCAGUAACUAGAAGCCAUACUCAGUGUGUAGUUGAUGCGGGUUUGUUCAUGGGUAGGUCAUUUGGGGUAGCGUGGGGUCCAAAUGGAACACUCAUUCAUGCUGGUAAACCGGUUUGUGGUAGUGAUUCUCAGAAGGGGUUGUCUUCUGUGAUCCACUUGGAGAAGAUUGCCAUUGACAAAGUGGUUAGAGAUGAGAAAAAGAAAGUGAGAGAGGAACUAGUGGAUUUUGCAUUUGAUUCUCUUCUAAAUCUCCACAAAGAAAUAAAUCACGAUACAAAAGAAAAAGAAUUUGGGUCUUUUAAAUUGAAGCUUCAAAAACUUGUAUCUAAUCAAUUACAGCUUUCAGAGAUUUGUAGAAGCUAUGCAGAGAUUAUUCAGAAACAGCUAGAAGUACCUGGGUUGUCAUCUUCUGCCCGCUCUGGUUUGAUGCACCAAAUAAUGGUAUGGGAGUUGAUAAAAGUCCUUUUUUCUGAAAGAGAGAAUAAUAGAGAAAUGAAACCUUCGAGCACAGACAAUGAAGAAGAUAUGAUGCAGGACCAGGAUGCGAAGGAAGCUUCUCUUGAUGUUGAUCUUGAAGCACUCCCUCUAAUCAGAAGGGCAGAGUUCAGUUAUUGGCUGCAAGAAAGUGUUUGUGGUCAUGUACAAGAUGACAUAAGUUCCCUAAAUGAGACUGAUUAUCUUCAACAUAUAUUUUUACUCCUGACUGGGAGGCAGUUGGAUACUGCCGUGGAACUGGCCGUUGGUAAAAGUGAUGUAAGACUUGCUUGUUUAUUAAGUCAGGCUGGUGGUUCCAUGGUGAAUCGUUCUGAUGUUGCAAGGCAGCUUGACCUUUGGAAAAUCAAUGGGCUGGAUUUUAAUUUCAUUGAGAAGGAUAGGAUAAGGCUUUAUGAGUUGCUUUCUGGUGACAUUCAUGGCUCUUUGUACAACAUUGACAUUGACUGGAAGAGGUUUCUAGGUUUAUUAAUGUGGUAUAAACUACCUCCUCAUGCUUCACUGCCUGUUGUCUUUCACACUUAUCAACAUCUUCUUGAGGAUGGAAAAGCUCCAUCUCCUGUUCCAGUUUAUGUCGAUGAAGGAUUUGAAGAGGAGGCUGUAAAUUGGAAAUCGAAGGAGCGUUUUGACAUCUCAUACUAUCUUAUGCUUCUUCAUGCAAGUGAUGAAACACAACCUGAAUUUUUGAAGAAUAUGUUCAGUGCCUUCUCUUCAACACACGACCCACUUGAUUAUCACAUGAUAUGGCAUCAGCGUGCUGUGUUGGAAGCAAUUGGUGUCAUCAGUUCUGAUGAUCUUCAUGUUCUUGACGUGGCACUUAUUUCUCAACUCUUGUGUUUAGGCAAAUGCCAUUGGGCCAUCUAUGUGGUUCUCCAUAUGCCUUAUCGUGAAGAUUUUCCUUAUCUUCAAGCUAAUUUAAUUCGGGAGAUCUUGUUCCAAUACUGUGAAUCGUGGAGUACUCAAGAAAGUCAACGUCAAUUUAUAGAAAAUCUAGGCGUUCCAGUUGCAUGGCUGCACGAAGCACUGGCAGUUUAUUACAAUUAUAUUGGGGAUCUCUCUAAAGCCCUGGAACACUUUCUUCAAUGUGCUCAUUGGCCGAAAGCUCAUACCAUUUUCAUAACCUCGGUUGCACAUACACUAUUCUUGUCAGGCAAACAUUCAGAGAUAUGGAAGCUUGCAACUUCAAUGGAAGAUCAUAAGUCAGAAAUUGACAAUUGGGACUUGGGAGCUGGAAUAUACAUUUCAUUCUAUUUUCUAAGAAAUUCACUUCUUGAAGAUAAUGAUACCAUGAGUGAACUGGAUUCCCUUGAGAGCAAAAACUCUGCCUGUAGUAAAUUCAUCGAUCAAUUAAACAAUUCUCUGGCGGUUUUGGGUGAUAGAUUACCAGUCGAUGCCAGAGUGGCUUACUCAAAGAUGGGUGAGGAGAUAUGCAGCUUACUAUUGUCGGGUGUUGGUGAGGGCAGAACGCGCGAUAUGCAGCUAAGCUGCUUCGACACAGUGUCUAAUGCUCCAAUACCCGAGGAAGUCCGAUCUAGUCAUCUGCAGGACGCAGCCUCUCUUUUCACUUGCUUUCUUUCUGAGCUGGCUGCACCAACCUAACCUACACUUUUUGCAAAUCUUUGAAUGUUUUUGCUUUCAUAUUUUGUACACAUUGAGAAAGUCCAAGAGGUUUUUUCUAUUGUAUAUUUUGCUCGAGCAACCUAUUAUUAUUCCAAGCAUGUAGUUUUCUGACUUUUGAGAUAAAUUAGUUCUUUGCUCUUAA